AGUUUCAUCGCACCACUCCUGUGAAGGACAGCCCCAUGAGGACAGUUGAGGGUUAUACCUGGAGGAUGCUCUGGACUCUUACAAUGCGAAAGCAGCAGAGGAAUGCUGUUAUGGAUUUCCCAAGGUUGCAAUCUCUAUGAGAAUCAUUAAAGGCUACAGGGAAACAAGGACUGACUGUACAUAUCGUGGAGUCAUUUUUUCCUUAUUUAAAGGUCGCAGGGUGUGUGGCAACCCCAGUCACAUGUGGGUGCAACAAGCAAUGAAAAAAAUCGACCAACGCCAGUUUAAAAAGUCAACUCUACUAGAUUUCACAGAGGAACGACAACACAAGAAAAUUUCAGAUGCGAAAGCAGCAAAGGAAUGCUGUUAUGGAUUUCCCAAGGUUGCAAUCCCUAUGAGAAUCAUUAAAAGCUACAGGGAAACAAGGACUGACUGUACAUAUCGUGGAGUCAUUUUUUCCUUAUUUAAAGGUCGCAGGGCGUGUGCCAACCCCAGUCACAUGUGGGUGCAACAAGCAAUGAAAAAAAUCGACCAACGCCAGUUUAAAAAGUCAACUCUACUAGAUUUCACAGAGGAACGACAACACAAGGAAAUUUCAGACACAAUUUCUGCACCUCAACAUGAUUUCACAGACGAAGAAAGAAACACAGAAUUUUCAGCUACAAGUUCUGCCCCUCAACAGGAUUUCACAGAGGGACAACAACAACAAAAGGAAAUUUCAGCCACAAGUUCUGCACCUCAAAAGGAUUUCACAGAGAGACAACAACAAAAGGAAAUUGCAGCCACAAGUUCUGCACCUCAACAGGUUUCCACAGAGGGACAACAAAAGGAAAUUUCAGCGAGCUCCAUGAAGACAUGGUGUCUUAAGGUUGGAGAGGAAGAACUCAAGUGUCCUGCACAGAGCCCUGACCUCAACCCCACUGAACAGCUUUGUGAUGAACUGGAACAUUAACUUCACCCCGGACCUCCUCACCCAACAUUAGAGUCAAACCUCAUUAAUACUAUUGUUGCUGAACGAACACAAAUCUCCAUAGACACACCCCAAAAUCUAGUGGAAAGUCUUCCCAAAAGAGUGGAGCUAAUUAUAACAGCAAAAGGGGAAUAAAUCUAGAAUGAGACUUUCAACAAGUACAUAUGGUUGUGAUGGACAGGUGUCUACAACCUUUUGGCCAUAUAGUGUAGAUUCUUAUCUCUACACUAUUUUGCGAACUGCUCCACCUCCUUCCUGAACUCAGACUCAUCAUUGUUGCUGCUGAGGCCCAAAACUGUAGUAUCUUCACCAAACUUGAUGAUGUGAUUAGAGUUGUACUUGGUAGCACAGUCAUGAGUCAACAGUGUAAACAGCACAAACAGCCACAGCAAUUUGAAAACAAGAACGCUUUUUAUUUAUUAAAAGACAACACAUACCUUUUAUAUAAGUAUAGCGACAUUUAAUGUUGUUGACCAUCCACCAAACAACUUCUAAUCAUUAUCAGCGUGCUAAUCGCUGUCUCAUCCUCACCGAACCACUUCCCCUCCACCUCUAGAUUCUGUAGACCACAAACUGCAUAUUCUCUAUUGAAAGUAUUUUCCCACAAUGCUCUGCACUCUGUCUCUCUCACAAGUUCGCUUAUUCCUGUCAUCAAUUUUUUUUUUUUUCAAAUGCCUCAAAUCAACCCUUAGUGCAAAAUCACAUGAACAAUCACACAACUCGCAUGUGGAAUUUACAGAUGUGGUUUUAAGACAUUUCAUGUUCUGGUUUACAAAUUUUUCAAAUGGAUGUAAUGCAUGUAUUUUUAUUUUCA